AUGUCCAAUCACAGCUGCAGCCUCCCAUUGGACACGGACACAUUUGGACUGACCUGUAUCUAUGGCCUGAUCUUCUCUUUGGGUCUCCCGAGCAACCUGCUGUCUCUCUGGGGACUGUACCACCUGGGCCGCUCCGGUGGAGGAGGCUGUCAGCUGGUCUACAUUCUCAACCUUCUGCUAUCAGACCUUCUUCAGCUGCUCACCCUACCACUUUGGAUUAUUUAUCUCCAAGCGAGUCACCACUGGCCUUACGGCCAGCUAACGUGCGAGCUGGUGGGAUAUGUGUUUUACGUAAAUGUCUACGCUAGCGUCAUGUUCUUGUGCCUGAUAGCACUGGACCGCUGCCUGGCCAUCGUUUACCCGCUGAGCAGCCGCAGAGUGCGCACUGUCCGCGUGGCAGCAUUGUCCGGCGUGGCAGUUUGGAUCCUCACCUUCCUGUUCUGUCUGAGUGGGCUGCUGCCGUCGGUGUUUGACUCUGACAGACUGCUGUGUCUGGAGCAGUACCCCGUCAGCCCCAGAUACGCCUCCUUCAAGAUCACAACGGUGGCCCUGGGCUUUCUUCUGCCGUGUGCCAUACUUGGCUACACCUCAGCCCACAUUGGGGUGACACUGCGGCGAUCUCCGUCUCUCUCUGACCACGAGCGGCACAAAAUCGUGGGUAUUCUUGUUGUGAUCACCAUCAACUUCAUUGUUGUGUUUGGACCCUAUCACCUGGUGGGAGGAUACAGAUUUGUGUCUUUGCUGCUGAUUGACGAGCCAUGUGGAAUGGAGCGUUCCAUUUUCCUCAUCUAUCGCAUAUGCUACGGUCUGACAAGUCUCAAUACCCUACUGGAUCCGCUCUUCUAUAUUUUCCUGUGCCCCGAUGCUCGGCUAGAGCUGCAAAGAUCCUUGCCCGGUUUGGGAAGGGGGCAAAGCAAAAAGAUUGGCUCCAGUACAAGACCUCCAUCAGAAAACAACAUGGAGAGGGAAACUGGACUUAAUAAUCUUUUAGAAACAUAA